AUGAAGGGCUGGCUUACUAAGGCCAAGAAUAUCCGCGGCCCGACGCCUUUGCCGGAAGUGCCUCGAUCAGAGCAGCUGGAAAAGCUGCUGGUCGUCGUGCCUUAUAAAGCGCCCGCCAAGAAGGGCAAGAAGAAGGAAGUGCCGGAGGCCAGGGAGGGCCUCCGCUACAAGGUUCGAUGGGGCGAAGAGGAGAGUGCCUCCUCACACUCCAAGAAGAGGGUGGCGGCCGAGGACGUCGAGGAGGUCCAACCUUGUUCGGCCACGAAGAGACAAUGCCGGCCCAAGCUGAUCCUCUCCGACAGUUCAGACUCCGACAAGGAGUCCGAAGUGUCUGAGAAGGUUCCGAAGAAGGAACCCAGGGUCAAGCCCCUGGCCAGCAGGACGGAUUGUUUGCUGACCUUUUAUCUUGAUGAUCUUGCAGCUGCUGCCGCCGAGGUAGAGGGCUUGAGGGAGGCCCUGAAGGAGGUCGAGGCCGAGGCGGCCGAGAAGAAGACAACCGCUAAGAAGGCGGUGGAGUUCCAGGAUGCUGCCGAGAAGCUUGAGGCCCUUGAGAAGGGGCGGGAGGAGCAAUCCUCCCAUCUAUCCAAGGCGGAGAAGGAGCUCCAAGAGGCGAGGACUGGAGCACGAGGCGUCCGGGAGGAGCUUCAGCAAGCCGCGCAAAUUGCCAAUGGCGUCUUCGCCGAACUCUCGAAGAAUGCGGCGGCUGCGGCGAGGCACUAUGCCACCCUCGAGGAGGACUCGACGCAGCGGCUCUUCUGGUCAUAG